AUGGCUUUUGAAGAUGGUUCUGAAAAGGAGCUACAGAAAGUUGGUCUAAAAUUCUCAAAGAGUUUUCCUCUUUCUGGGUCUACCCUGGCAUCUAUGGAGUCUUUGUCCCUGCCACCGGUUCAGGAGGUUGUUCUUUCUGCAGAUAUGCAGUGUGAGAAGUGCCGGAAGAGGGUUGCUCAUAUUAUUACUAAAAUGAAUGCAGAGACAGAGUCCGUGGUGGUGAAUGUGUUGGAAAAAAAGGUGGUGCUUACUUUUAGAUUACCAACUAUUGGUAAAGUAAUUUCACAGCAAAUUGCUCCCGUCAACAGGACUCCUCUCCCUAAAGGUGCUAUUAUCAAGCGAAUCUUUCGCUCUUCCCGUAAUUAACUAAGACGGAGAAAGGAUCCACAUGUGCAUAAGAUUCGGCGAAUUGAUUUGACAAUGUACAGCAGAAAGUUUAUUGUAUUCAUGAUUGAAUUUGUUUUGUAAUUGCUUUCCUAAUUUGGCAUA